AUGAAUCCUGGCCAAACUGUUGCUGUGAAGAAUGUACCUAGCCUCUUUCACAAAGCGUAUGCCAAAGCGGCUACGCUAAAUAACGCAGUGAAAGGAUUUGAAGCAGCGGGGAUUGUUCCCCUCAAUUCACAAAUUUUCUCAGCUGAAGAAUUUGAACCUGCUGUGACAACAGCGGCUUAUGCCACAUCUAGUUCCGAAAUUCAUGAUGCCGACACCCAACCUAUUGCUGGUCCUUCUAAUGCCUCCGAUAUCCAACCUGUUGCUGGUCCAUCUAAUGCCCCCGAUAUCUUGGUACUCCCUUUAGCUCCCCCAAAGGUAAAGAAACAAAGGACUAAAGCUCCAUCGCUACAUGCCACAAGUUCGCCUGUAAAAGAAUAUUUAUUAGAAAGGAAGAAGCAAAAGGAAAGAAGAGAAGCAAAAAAAGGAAAGAAAAAAACUAAGGUCGUAGAGAAUAAAACUAAGGUCGUAGAGAAGAAAAAAUGCUCAAAAACUUAUUUUGACUAUUCAUCAGAUUCCUCCGUAUCCAUACAUUACAUGGACGAAGAUGAUAACUCAGAUGAAGAAGUCGAUGAAGUAUGCAUCAUAUGUGAUGACUUCGGAAAAAAUGAACUGUGGUUCAAUUGUGCAAAAUGCCACAAGUGGGCUCAUGCGGCUUGUACUGGACUGUCAAAUUCCGAAGCAAAAAAGAAGUCUUGGAUAUGUGAUUUUUGUUCAUAA